AUGAAAGCAGCCAAAAGGGCUGCGCUCGGUCUCCCUGUAAUGGAAAACACUAAUAGCCGUGCUAGGAUGGCGGCGCGUCGUAUCGUUCCGAUUGGUCGCGUCAUGGCUCGACAGUUGGCUUAUGCUGGUAGCGAGGAAGCCAGGGAUGAAGAAUUUGACAUCGGGGCAAUAGCCAGUGACGACUACAUUCCGGAAGUUGAUGGGUCGGCCAAGCGAGGUUGGAGUUUGAAAACUAAUCUUGGUCGCUGGAUCAGUGGUCAUUACUAUAAAUGUUUAGGGCCCGAGCUACGGCAAGUCUCUAGCGGUGACCGUACUCCUCGUGCCGGGUCUCCUAUGCCACGAGAACCACCAAAGCGAAGUUUGCCAUGGCGUAGCAAGGUGUCUAAGCAGGAGAUCGAGGCUUUCCUCCAGCAGGAGAGGCAAAAGUUUUUCCAAUAUCAAUUGCCCGGUGAUCUUGAGACGAUGUUUGCUCUGCCACCACCAAUACAUCGUAGUGUGGAAGCGUUGCGGAAACACCUCUACACAUCCAUUGGAGAGAUUCAGGCAGCGCAGGACGAGGAUUACAAUCGCUAUUUGUUCUCAAAAAAGGAAGAGGUUGAAAUGAAUAAUGUAGAGGAACUCUACCGCUUGCUUACUACCAAAUUUGUGUCAGUACGUCGUCGCUCUUCUGAAGGUGUUACUUGCGGCAGCACCAUCAAACAAGACGGAUGUGACAUUUUGUCGAAUUCUAUAAGCCUCGAUCACUCGACGAGUAGCCCGCUGGAGGAAAGCGUUCGUCUAGCUAUCGAUAUAAAUAGACACAAAGAGAUUAUGGUCAAAGCGACGUCUUCGAUUCUGCUACUUCUUAUGAAGCAUCUCCGUUUGAAUCAUAUUUACCAGUUUGAGUACUUGAGUCAACACAUCGUUUAUGGAAAUGGUAUCCCUCUUCUUCUGAAGUUCCUUGACCAAAAUAUGACACGAUAUGUGCAGUCUCGUUAUGAAAUUUAUCCCUACAACUAUCCUCAGGCCCCGCUACAUUACGUUAGAAAUCGUGAUGAGUGGCCUGUCCUCAAUUCAGAGAAUGUGGAGGGAAGUGAAAGCGAGCGUAGAGGCAUGUAUUAUAUGUGGAGGAACAUGUUCUCCUCAAUAAAUCUCAUUAGGGUUCUCAACAAGCUGGUCAAGGGGAAACAAUCUCGUGUGAUGAUGUUGAUGGUCUUCAAAUCAGCGCCCAUCUUGAAGCGGUCUCUCAAGAUUCGCCUAGGCCUGUUCCAAUUCUUCAUCUUGAAAGCGUUGAAAAUGCAGUCACGGUAUCUCGGUCGACAGUGGAGGAAAAGUAAUAUGGAUAUAAUGUCAGCGAUUUAUAAUAAAGUUCGACAUCGCAUGACCGAUGACUGGGCGUUUGCGAACGAAAUGCGGAAGUCGUACGAUUAUCACAGUGAGGAAAGUGAACUCAAAGCAGCAGAAGUAAACGACGCUCCGAUGCCUGGUGACGAUUACCUGAACCGUGUAAAUCUUCGCGAAUAUGAGCCAGUGGAUAAUUGCCUGCAUUCCGUUCUUGGAAAACAACCAGAGCUUGGAAAAAGAUUCAAAAAUAACUAUCGAAAGUGGAUGGAGGAUGAAGUGAUCAAGAGGAACAUCGAUUGGGAUCGACUUUUGAUGAAUACAAGGGGAAUAGCUCUGUCUAAAGAUAUGUUCUGCCGCGCCCUCCCCCGACUGACCAAUCAAUACUCGUCCCUCAAGUCACUUCUUUUGAUUACGCAACGAAGCAAAACAACCAUAGCUGGUCGCAUUCAGCCUGCAACGUAUGGUGUGAAAAAAGCAGUACCUGUUGAAAUUCAAAUAGCUGAUUACGCCAAAUACAUUUGGGACGAUUCUGUUACUGAGGAUGAUCCUUUGGUAGUACGCUUGCGUGAACAAAUCUUAGCUGGUUCGCGUGCAGCGUUAGCAUCUUCAAUCACAUUAGUGGAGUCUAGGAAUCCGAAGAAACGAGCGCAAGGAAACAUGCUUCUCCAUGGUAUCCUUGCUGCUGAACGAAAACGCUAUGAAGAAAAAGGGAAGGAUGCGAUGAUCUACCGUAUCGGAAUUUCUGGCAGUCCGGGCGUCGGCAAGUCCUCUUUCAUAGAGGCCCUUGGAAAGGAACUGAUUGAAGCUCGCGGCUUGAAAAUCGCAGUGCUAACAAUCGAUCCGACUAGUGCAGUUACUGGAGGAUCUUUACUCGGUGAUUUGACGCGAAUGCAAGAGCUGUCAAGAAAUCCCAAGGCCUAUAUCAGACAGUCACCGACAAGUGGAUCCUUAGGAGGAGUUACCAGAGGAAUCCAUGAGGCUAUCAUUUUGUGCGAAGGAGCUGGUUACGACGUGGUUAUAAUUGAAACUGUAGGUGUUGGGCAGUCAGAGGUCGCCGUUGUAGAUAUGUGCGAUAUAUUCUGCUUGCUCCUUUCGCCAGCUCAUGGAGACGAACUGCAGGGAGUAAAACGUGGAAUUAUGGAGUUGAGUGAUCUUCUGGUCGUUACGAAGGAUGACGGCGAUUUACGAGCCAAAGCAAAACUAACACAAGCAGAAUACAUAUCUGCGCUCAAAUAUAUGCGACCUCGGACUCCUGCCUGGAAACCUAAGGUUCUUCGUUCCUCCAUUAUGGAUCCGGAGUCAAUAUCAGCGGUGGCCAACACUAUGUACCAGUAUUGGGAUACCGUACUGAAAUCUGGUGAUCUAGAGAAACGACGGUCGGCUCAAAUGUCAAGAUGGAUGUGGAAUCAUGUACAGGAUGAACUGAUGAAAGUAUUCACAGAACACCCAAAAAUUGCCCCAAUGGCACCAGCUCUCGAAAAGGACGUUCGUGAAGGAAAAAUCACACCCGGUUUAGCGUCUGAAAUGCUGAUUAGAACAUUUUUGAAUGUAUAG